UGCACCUUCUCUUAAGGAGAAAAACAAGGAAACUCUGCCAAAUCCUAAAACUUCCAUAUAUCCCAAAACAUAAACCUAAUGUCCUUAAGCACUUUCUCCGGUGGUUCCACCACAGCUUGCGCUGCCUGCAAACACCAAAGAAAAAAGUGUAAGAAAAACUGUAUUCUCGCUCGUUAUUUCCCACAAGAUGGCACAAAUAAGUUUCUAAACGCUCAUAAACUGUUUGGAGUAAGCAACAUCACCAAGAUGCUCAAGAGAAUCGAAGAAUCUCAACGAGACAUCGCUAUGGAGAAUCUUAUCUACCACGCUAAUGCUCGUGCCCUAGAUCCAGUAGGAGGGGUUUACAGGACAAUCUGUGAUCUUAAGUGCAAGAUCGAGUUUGUUCAGACUGAGCUUAACUUAACUCGUCAGCAAAUCGAUAUGUGUCGCUCUCUAGCUCAGGAGCAGCAUAGGCAAAGGCAAAAUCUUCCAUAUCGCUGCAAUUCCUUCGAAAGUCUAUUACAACAAGACGGAGAUGAAUACGUUAAUGUGGAUGGUUUAGAUCAUCAGAACAUGCAACAACAACAAGAGAUGCAGCAGCAGCAACAGAAUCCGUCAAACUACGAUAUGUUUUUGGAGAUGCCUGAACAAACCAGCAAAGUAAAGCUUGAGGAGGAAAAAAUCUCUGACCAGAGAAAAAACAAUCUCAUGAGGCAGAUACUCAUGUCGUCGGCAAUCAUAUAAAAGUAGUUCCUUUCAGGUUUUUAGUCUCAUGUGUUGUAUGAAGUUUGAACACGGAAAACCCUAGUUCAGCUUCGUCAUUAUCACGCUUUUUCUUCUCAUCUUUGCUAUAGUGAAUGGUCAUUUAAUUUACCAUAUUUCUUGUAUUUUCCUUUAGAAUUUUAGAACUAGUUAUCUUGUUUACAAA